UCGAUACAAAAUGGCCAUGCCCGAAACGGUCACACUGGAAAGAACAAAAUGGCUGUUUCGGCGUUGAAAAAUUUUUAUGAAUAUUAAAAAGAAAGAAAAAGCGAAUUUAUUUGUUGGUGAAGAGUGCCACACACAUGAGAGAGGUUGGAAAAGUUUCAAAGAAUGCAGACGUGUUGAAAUUUUUGCCUAGUACCACUUAUCAGCAGCCUGAAAGAUGAGCGGUGCCAAGUCCUCGGGGACAGGCUUCGGAAGCCACAUCCCCAGCAUCGAGGAGAAGAACAAGCAGAUCCAGCAGGAAACCAUGAUGGAAAAGCUGCGGGCGAAGCACCGGAACAAGCCGAGGAGCUACGAAGAGAUUAAAAAGUCUGUAAGGAUGUACUUCAUUGAGAAGCACUACCCACUGGAUCCCCUCUGCAAGGCCACCCUACAAUCGGCGCUAGACAAACUGCAGCACUACAUAAAGGUGACUUCUCGCCAUGGGCUGGUUGAGAGGCUGGAGAGUCUAUCGCGGCAGCUGGGGCUCAAGUUCAUGGAGGAUCAACAGAUGCUCUUCAUCUCAACAGACAUGUUCUACGUGGAGAUCCUUCUGGAUGCAGCCGGCAGCCUACUGGACGUUAAGGUGCAUCACGAGUGCAAGAUCGAACAGCAGUCUAGUGAGCUGGUAGACUGCCUGAAAGCAGGCGACUUUGCCGACUUUACAGUCCAGCUGGAGGGGUUGUCCUCGAUUUACCAGCUAAACGCCGAGCCCAAGGUUAAGAAGAAGGCUUUCGUGGCGCUCCAGGCCAUGGAGACAGACAUCCACAGCCUCUACCAGAUGCACUUGCAAUCUCAGUCGGGAAACUCGUACGAUCUAAUGGCCAGUUCUCCUGUUGGUCUGGUACUGCCCCGUCGUGGAGGCCACCCCAUGAAGCUCACCUACUUCUGUCCGCCUCUCCACCUGCCCGAACACGACCCGAAGUUGCCCAGUGGGGACUUCACCAUCGAACAGGUGAUGCGUAGCAGUUACGGCCUGAAUGCAACCGUCAACCUGGAGGGAUCGUCAGCCAACAAGCUGCAGGUUGCUCCCAUACUGUCAUUUGUCCGGGAUCAGCAGACGGGAAUGGAGGUGCCAACCUACGCGCCGCUAAACCAGACCAACUCCCUGUUGAUGCCAGCCACCUAUGUGCUCCGCCUGAACAAGCCCAUGCCAGUCUGUGUGGAAUCCCUGAAAGCCCUCGGUCUUCCGGGCUUAGAUGCCCAGGCCAAUCCCCCGACUCCUGCCACUACUGUUCUCAAUCUCAUUGUACAAACAGCUUCCAAGCAGGCGAUCCGAAACACCCAGCGCGGGCUCUACGUUAAUUUGCCAAAAGAGACUCACUGUUACUUCUUCACGGAUAACCGGCGGCUGCAGGGCACUUUGGUCUCCUCACUGCCCUUCACCGAGCCCGCCCAGGUGCCACGAAUUGUAGCCUUCCUAAAGAAACAGGCUCUCUUCUACACCCUCCUGGCCAGCUGCGUUCGGGAGCAGCAGAAGCAGUACAAUGAUAUGGACAGCACUGUGAUACUGGAAGUGACAGCGGUCUCCUUUAACCAGAUAACCGUAGAGCUGCAGCAUCCGUACGAGGAAUCGCUGGCCACGGUGGACUUCCUGCUGGAGGAUGGUCAGCCGACAUGUAGCGUCUUCUGUCUGAGCAAUGAGUACGAGGCGCUCUCGCAGAAACUGACGCGUACCGUGCGGCAGGUGGUGUCCAUUCCAAUGGUGAUUUACAAGCUGCUCAAGUGCUGGGAUGAGGAGCACGACUUUAAGCUUCAUGGUGUCAUGAAUCCGGGAACAGGAGCUGCUGGCGGGGGAUCAGUGGGAGGCGGGGGAUCGGUCGGAAGUGGAUCUUCCACAAGUGGCGGAGGUGGCUUUAAUCAGUUCGCCAUGGACACAGCUCAGCCUCCUGAUGGAAAUCUGCCCGGUGGUAGCUUCGCUAAUAUCAGUAACCUGAAGAUUGAUGCCAAGUCCCGGUCCCUGGCUGACGCCUUUGCCGCCUCCACCUCAGCAGCUGCAGCUAUCGCUGGCCUGAUUAAUCUUAAGCGCGAGACUGAUCCUCAGGCGUCUAGUUCAUCCGCUUCCAGUUCCUCCUCAGUCUCCACCUCCUCGUCAGUGUCCAAGUCAAGUGAUCAGGAGAUUGCAGACAAGUACAAGAACAUCUGGAAGGAUAAGACGCCGAACCUGAAGCACUGCGUCAGUAUCACGCCGAUACCAGGGGAUGGAAAGUCCGGAUCUGGCGCGGGAGGGUUGUCUGGCGUAGAAGUUCAGCGUACUGGUGGCAUUGAGAUCAUUCCCCUAAACACCCAAGCUUCCACUUCCGGCGGAGGAGCAGCCGGAGGUGGCACUAGCUCGGCACCCACUACCAUUACCAUUACUCCCAUCACCGGCAAGGAUCCAGGAAAGGAAUCAUCUAAAAAGAGCAGUUCAUCCGUAUCUGGAACCAAUAUGGCUACGAAGCGGCCACAUGAGAGCAGCUCUUCCAGCUCUAGUGGAGCUAGUGGAUCGUCAUCAUCCUCCGCUGGAAGCAGCAGCUCCUCGGACAUGCAGAAGGAGAAGAAGCGCAAAAAGAAACGCGACGACUCUCCCAUGGGGCCGCCCGAGAAGAUCUACUCACGCCAGAAUUCUCCAGCAGCUGGCGGCGAUGCCUCCGGAAGCAGUGGAGUCGUGAGAAAGUUUUCUUCUCCCUCAUCCUCGCCCAAGGCGGGAGGAGCCGGACAGGGUUUAAUGGCAGGAGUGCCACCUGCUCGCCCCAGUCCCAAGCACUCGCCGGUGUACAGCAGCCCGAAACACAACACCGCCUCCAACAGUCCCAAGUCGCCAUUUGGCACACACUCUCCCAAGCAUGGAUCCUCCGGCAAGCCCAGCAUGUCUACGCUGAAGAGCGCGGCCACGGCAGCCACUAGCCUGAGUCCCAAGGGGGACAAGACAUCGUCGUCCGUUGGCGCCUCCUCGGUGAGCUCAUCAUCCUCAGCUUCGGGCGUCGGAAGUGCUCCUGGCUUGGUACGAUCCUUUGCCAGUGUGGGAGCACCGCCACCACCACCUCCAGUUCCUCCGCUGGCCAGUGCUAGUGGAAACAGUGGCCAGUCCAUGAAGAAGGAGAAAUCUUCGUCAGCAUCCGGCUCCUCCUCGUCCUCGUCAACAUCAGCGGCUGUUGGCUCCACUGGCUCGGGUGGAGUAGGGGGCGGAGGAGGCGGAAGCGGUAUUAGUGCCAGUCUGGCAGCCGCCGUGGCCGCCCUGAAAUCCUCUCAAGCGCAGCAACAGCAGCUAAAGACUUCAGUGGCCAGUCUGUCGCAUUCGUCGGCGGGUGGUGGUGGCCUCGGAAGCUAUGCGUCGUCGGCCAGUGCGGGCGGUGCGGCGUCAGUGGUAGGAGGAGCUGUGGGAGCAGGAGCUGGUGCCUCCGGACUGGAGCUGAGUGGCCUGCGCAAGGGCAUGGCGGGAGGUGCGGUUAGUUUGAUGACGUCGACGGCACCUUUGGCAACAACAAUCCCGGCACCAACAACUCAGUCGGCGGCAACAUCGGUCUCGGCGCCGGGAUCGGGUCAUCCAGUAUCUCAGGCGGGCUCGGGCUCGGGAGCGGGAGCGGGAGCGGGACAGGUGGCUCCGCCAGCAAUAACAAUGCCACCGGCAACAGCAACAACAACAGCAGCAACAGCAGCGGUGGUGGCGGCGGCGGCAGUGGCGGGAGUAUCAACUCCAACAGCAACAACAGCAGCGGGAGCAACAGCAAUGCUGCAGCAACCACAGCAGCCGGGAACAGCGCCACCUAGUAGCUGCUUGGCCACUAGCGGCGACGGAGGAACUCCGGCCGGAGGCGGAACAGGUGCCUCCACGGAGUACAUGGUGAAGCCCAGCAGCCAGGAGGGCCUCAAGCUGACCAUCAACAAAACGGGCAGCGGCAAGAGCUCAGGCUCGAGCUCUAGCUCGAGUUCCAGCGCCGGUUCCAGCACCUCCUCCAGCGGAGUACCAAAAACUAAAAGCGCCAGUGGAUCGAAUAUUUCUUCUGGAUCCUCGAGCAAGAAGCAGCACACUGGUCUCAAGCCUGGCGUUAACAGCGGUCCGGCCUCCAAAAAAGCCUCUGCAUCAACAUCAGCCUCUGCCACAGGAUCUGCCAGCAAGCAUCUGUUCCAGAAGGCCAACUCAUCGGGAAAUCUCAGCAGCAAGCUCAGCGGAUCGGGUGUUGGAGGUGGUCUGCCAUUGACGAAGAGCAACAGCACCAAUUCCUUCCAGGAGCAUAGCGCUCCCAAGCGUCGUCCCAGUAUGGGUGCCUUGGCCAGUGGCAGCAGCAGCAGUAGCGGCUCCAGUGGCCCACGGAAAUCGAGUUCCAUUUCGGCGGGAGGCAGUGGAGCUUCGGGAGCCGUAUCGCCAGCCGCCCACAGCGGAUCUAUGUCGCAGCCGCCGCCGCGGUUCGAUCAUCACACCGACAUGAUGACUAUCCUGCAGUACGCUUCUCCCACAAUGGCCGCCAGCAUGGAGGGCUUCAUCAAGGGAUUGCACAACAAGUUCCAGAUCCCCAAGUUGUCGCAACGUGGCGCCUCUAGCAGCGGCAGUGGUGGAGGAGGAGCCGCAACUGGGAGCGGGGCAGCUGGAGGAGGCGGCGGUAGCGGUCGAAGUACGCCCAGUGGUGGCACCGAACCUUCCCCCUCGACCACCAUGUCGGUUGCCCCGUCAACUUCGACCGCCGCAGCAUUGGUGGAGCCGGAGGCCAAGCCACCGGCACCUCCUCCAUCUUCGGCUGGCGGAGAUGUGCUGCUUAACCUGAGCAGUUCGGCCGCAAUGCCUUCGGGCGAUGGCAUCGAUGAGGAGCUCCUAGCCAGCCUGGCUGGCGAAUGACAGAUGGCGGACAACCAUGAGAUAUUCCUGUUGCUCUAUGCGAUUCUCACUUAAAGCUAAGUUAUACUAAAAUGUCUUAAGAUAUAAUGGAUGGGAAGGGGAUGGGCACACCCGAUUCCCAGUCCCAGUCCAGCUUACAACAAUCCCCCAAGGCGAUUUUGUUUACAUUUUACAAUACGACACAAAAAUUUGGUACAAAAUCUAAGAGAUUAUCAUCACGUGUUCUGUGAAGUCAAACAAAAAAGUAAUAAGAAUUAUGUUCGGUUUAAAAAAUUGAUUAGAUAAAACUUAAAAAAAGCGAUAUAUGAUAUUGUGCGAGAAACAUCGCCCUAAAUAUUGUGUAAAAUAUAUGUAUUCCGUUAAAAA